AAAUAAAUGGAUUCAGAAGACUAUCAUUUCAAGUUCCGCAUUGUGAUUUUAGGUACCAUUCUUAUGUAUGUUAAGGUGAGAAAUCGGUUGGAAAAUCAACCUUUUUAGAUGGUAAAUUAAAUCAUAAAAUUAAAAGUAUUGGCAAUCACCUUUGGCAAGAUAAUAGAAUAAGAAGCAUCAGAUGAAUUAAAUUUGAAGGUAUAAUAAAAUAAAAGUAAAUAAAGACUGUUGGUUAUAUGGAUGAUGACACUCUUUAUAAGAUAGCAUAUUGGGAAAUACCUGGAAAACAUCGUAGUCCUGAUACAUUCUUUCGUUUUUGUUUAGGAGCAACAGCAGCGAUAUAUAUGUUUGAUGGUAAUAUUAGGAAUUGAAUAAGUUAGUUUCUAAAAGAUAAACUUUUGAAAAGAUUGAACAUUGGAUAACUGAAAAUGAGAAAACUGAGAUUCCAGUUAAAGUAUUGAUUGGAAAUAAGAUUGACUUAUAUGCUAGUAAUAAAGGAGGGGUGUCAAAGUCAGAAGCAAUAGGAAUGGCUCGUAAAUAUGGAAUGGAAUAUUUUGAAGUUUGGUAUAAUAUUUAUAUAUAUAAACUAGUUCAAUUGGAGAUACUUCAAUAGCACCAGUUUUUGAUUAUCUAUUUUCUACUAUAAUAGGAUAGAUUCCUAAUCCACCUACUCCUUUAUCAUUGAUGGGUAAAGGUAUCUUAAUUGGAAAGAGAUUACUCAACUCAUCUAAAUAUCAAUUGGUACUAAUAUGAUAACUAAAGUAGGCGCUUUGUGAUAUAGCAUCACUAUAUGAAUGAUAUUAAAAUAA